UCUUUUUGUCAUAGGAUGGCAGUGGCUCUGUGUCUGCAGGUGCUGUGCAGUCUCUGUGGCUGGCUCUCGAUCUAUGCAUCUUUCUGUCACCUGAAUAAGCACCGAAGCUAUGAGUGGAGCUGCCGACUGGUGACGUUCACCCAUGGAGUCCUCUCUAUAGUCCUUUCAGCUUAUAUUGGCUUCAUCGAUGGUCCUUGGCCUUUUACCCACCCAGGCUCACCCAACACACCUCUCCAAGUUCACGUUCUCUGUCUCACCUUGGGCUACUUCAUUUUCGACUUGGGCUGGUGCAUCUACUUCCGGUCUGAGGGUGCCCUGAUGCUGGCUCACCACACACUGAGUAUCUUGGGCAUUAUCAUGGCCCUGGUGCUUGGGGAGUCGGGCACAGAAGUCAAUGCAGUCCUUUUUGGAAGUGAGAUCACCAACCCCUUGCUCCAGAUACGCUGGUUUCUCCGUGAAACAGGACACUAUCACAGUUUCACUGGAGAUGUGGUGGAUUUCCUUUUUGUGGCUCUGUUCACUGGAGUGAGGAUUGGUGUAGGAGCUCGCCUGCUUUUCUGUGAAAUGGUCUCCCCCACACCCAAGUGGUUUGUGAAAGUCGGGGGAGUAGCGAUGUAUGCUGUGUCUUGGUGUUUUAUGUUUAGCAUCUGGCGUUUUGCAUGGAAGAAAAGCAUUAAGAAGUACCAUGCCUGGAGAAGCGGGCGGAGUGAGGAACGGCAGCUAAAACAUAAUGGACAUCUCAAAACACACUAGCCAAGGCUUGCUUCCGAUAUUGGAUCGGACUGAAUCAGCCAUGGGAACUAGGUCGGAAAUCUGACUGUCGUGGAAUCACGCUCAUAACAAAUUUCAGUUUCAAAAAAGGGCUAAAUUUAUUGAUCACUUUGGUCAGUCUUCAAGCCGAGCAUAUACAGUAUUAAAACAGUAACUUCUACAAUGGCACAGUUGUGGAAAGUGAGAAUCCUCAGUGAUUGCUGGGAAGAUGUCAGGACCAUGAGGUGAGAACUACUGGCGUUUUCAAAAUACAGUGACCUUGGGUCCUCUUGUCCUUGGGAAGCAUGAUAUUCAGAUAGCCUUGAAAGAAACUGGAAGAAAUUUAGUACUGUUUCUUGUUCCUUUGGGAAUUUCUUCAGCAUAUACUUGUUCCUGCUUUUCAUGUAGCCCAUUUAUUUAAGUUCAUUCCAUGUACUAUAAAGUGAGGGACAUUCAGGAAAAGAUGUACAUUUGGCAUUCUGAGCACUGAUCAGAGAAUUGGAUCUGCUUAAACAAAGGGUGAUAAGAGGUGAGUGAAACUGGCAGUGGUAGGUGGUCACUUCCUGAACCUUCCUGUGCCCACUGUGUUGGAGGUCCCCAAGACUACCCCCUGGGUUCCAUAAUUCACUAGGAGGACUUAGAGGGCUCAACAUACAGUCUCACUCACAACUUUGAUUUAUGAUAGUAAAAGGAUACAAAGUAAAAUUAUCAAAGGGAAAAGRCACCUGGGACCAAGGGAAACCAGACACAAACUUCUAGAGUCUUCUUCUAUUUGGAUCACACAGGAUGUGCUUAAUUCUUCUGGAAAUAUUUUGUGACAACUUAUGAGAAAUAKUGCCUAUCAGGGAAAGUUAUUAAAGACUCAGUGCCCAAGAUUUCUAAUGGCGACUGGUCAUACAGGCAGCCUCUUGGCAUGUAGCAAGAUUCAAGAUUCCCAAAAGGAAAACAGCAUUCAGCACAAGCCCUG